UUAGCUAACCUGUCUAUCGAGUGAGUAAACAUGUCUCAAUAUAACUUUAGUGGUAACACACCCGUUCAAAAAUAUGUUGUGGAGAAUAAAAAAGAUGUAAUAAUAGCAGAAAGAAGCUUUCAGUUAAAUAGAUCAAAAUGUAAAUUUGUAUCUAUUGGGUUAAAGUAUGGUGCGGAGUGUAUACCAGUGAUAACUCUAUGCGGUAAUCAAGGGCAACGGGUGAUAUUCACGGAAGAAGAUUGGAAAGAUUUACUAUACUACCAAGGAGUAAUUACAAAUUAUCUGUAUACAGUGGGAGAUAGUGUGUCUAUAGAUAGAAAAAACUAUAGUGUAGAAUUUGAAAAGGUGCAGGAAGCUAAAGUAAUAAAAAUAUCUCAAACUAACUGCUAUAUAUAUUUGGGGUACGAAAGCAUUUGUAAAUUAUGGGAAGUGUUACCGCUUAUACAACAUCAUAUUAACCAUUUAAAACAAGGAAGUUUCGAUGAAUAUUUGAAGAGUCUAUAUCAGCGAUUACGAAACAACACAGGUAAUUUUUAUGAAAACGUGUUAAGAAGUGUCGACGCAAGCACCCACAUUCGCUUUGAAGAUUUAAGUAAUAUUUUGGAAUUAGUGUAUGUGUAUCCAGAAGUUCUAAAAGAUGUCUACACAAACUGGGAAAAGAGUAACUUUUAA